AUGGCGGCCCUGAACAAGGAGAAACACAUCAAGUACUGGCAACGAUGUUUCAACAGCUACCUUCCCACCCCAUACACCAGCUCAGACUCGACCCGUUUGAUGUGGGCAUGCUUCAUCACCUCUGCGUACGAUCUGCUCUCAAUCCCCUUCAGCUCCACUGAUCGCACCAAGAUCCGUUCCUGGGUUCUUAGCCUACAGCACCCGGACGGUGGCUUCUGCGGCAGCCCAACCCACAGCCUGCCAGGCCAGGAGAGCCACAAGGGCACGGCCAAUCUGGCCGCAACUUUCUUCGCCCUCAUUACCCUCGCCAUUGCUUCCGACGGCGAUGAGGAGGCCAAGGCUGCGUUCGCCGGCGUCAGGCGGGGAAAACUCCUGAGGUGGCUGAAGAAGCUGCAGAGAGACGAUGGGAGCUUCGGACAGCACCUGUGGGAGGGCAAGCCGGUUGGUGGCAGAGAUACGAGACACAGCUAUCUGGCCAGCUGCAUCCGGUGGAUGUUGAGAGGCCAUCGCAAAGAUGACGAUGAGCCAUGGGAGGACGAUGUCGAUGUGAAAGCCAUGAUUGCACAUCUUCGAAGGGGACAGACGUACGAUGGUGGUCUCGCUGAGUUCUCAGAUUAUGAAUCACACGCUGGAUACGCCUACUGCGCCGUGGGCGCAUUGUGGUUCUUAGAUCGACCCAGCUCGGCUUCUUCUCCACGACCGGAGCCCUCAUCCCUGACGGCAAUGGAUCAAGGCAUCCCUGACCGGCCUGGCAUGCUGAGGUUCCUUGCUGGUCGGCAGAUCAACUACCUCGCCGAGGAAGAAGACGAGGACGAGGAAGAGGAAGAGAACUUUAUCCAGGACGCAGUUGGGAGUUUGACUUUAGAGGAGGGCUGCCGUCAUGUCGGCUUCAAUGGUAGAUGGAACAAGAAGGCAGAUACAUGCUACGUCUGGUGGGCAGCAGCUACAUUGGCUAUGCUCGGUGACCCUUAUCCGUUGAGCGUUGAGGGCUCCAGGAGAUAUCUACUUGAAGUUACACAGCACCCUAUAGGCGGCUUUGGCAAGUUUGCUGGUACAGUCCCAGAUAUCUACCACUCAUAUCUGGGGCUGGCGGUUCUGGCAAUGUUUGGCGACUCGGAUUUGAAGGAAUUCGACGCCGGCUUCGCCGUUUCGCAAAUCUCGAACAAUUCCGCAAUUCUUCCAGCAGCCAGCAGCGGCGCAAUGUCCUCCGAACCCCAAGACCCUUCCCAGGCCGAAUCACCAGUCUGGGACAAGCAGACCCGGCGCAAGUUCGAGAAGCAAGUAACCAUCCGCGCAGCCGCACGAGCUCCCUCGCUAACCUCCAAUACCAGCAAAUCCACCAGCGAAUUCUACGAUCCCUGCCAAGCGGCCGCGCAGCAAAGCUACAAAUGUCUUUUCCGCAACGGCGGCGACAAGUCUAUGUGCGGAGAGUACUUUCAAGCCUACCGUGACUGCAAGCAAGCUUGGACUGAAAGGCGACGGGGAGUUCCAUCGAAACCGAAAGAGCCGACGUCGGAAUGA